AUAUUUUUGUAAAUUUUGAAUGUUUUGGAAUAGAAAUUGGAAGUGGAUUUCUUGUCAUUCAAUCCUAGGUGGUGUCGAGUCUCUCUUGUUUGUUCAUAUUUUACCCACGUGCUUAAAUAAUUCUAAUUUUCUAUUUUCUAUACAAAAGAAGAAUAUUGUGAACGCCAACAACUUGCUCCCACCACUUGCAUAUUUCUUUUUGGAACUUUCAUGGAAACCAAACCCCCACAAAAAGUUACCCACGGGUGCAUGCAUCUCUCUCUCUCUCUCUCUCUCUCUCUAGAUAUCUCUCUCUCCUCACCCUAUAUAUACCCAACAACAUAGUUCAUCCAAAAAUUCAGAAACUUUUUUACCACUCUCUUCUUCAUUACCUUUCAAGAUUCUUGAAUCCCCAUUAGCUAAAAUCGAUCGGAACUCCGACUAUGUACAAAUCAAUUACGAGCCAUGAGUUAACGGCGGUGUAUUGCCGGAGCUCGAGUUUCAGCAGUCUCAUGCCUUGUUUAACGGACACAUGGGGUGACUUGCCGUUAAAAGUUGACGACGCUGAAGACAUGGUCAUCUACUCCCUCCUCCGCGACGCCGUCACCGACGGCUGGACGCCCUUCACCAACCCCAAACCCGAACCCGAACCCGAACCCGAACUCUGUAGGUUUCAAGUCUGGCCGCCGGAGAUGAGCUUCGCCACCACCACCACCGUGAGAGAGGACGACUAUGUGGCUGCUGCUCCGGCGGCGACGCGGCCGAAGGGGAGGCACUUUAGAGGAGUGAGGCAGCGGCCGUGGGGGAAGUUCGCCGCUGAGAUAAGGGACCCGGCGAAAAAUGGGGCGAGGGUGUGGCUCGGCACGUACGAGACGGCUGAGGAGGCGGCUCUGGCUUACGACCGAGCGGCUUAUAGAAUCCGUGGCUCCAAGGCUCUUUUGAACUUCCCUCACAGAGCUGGCUCGAACGAGCCGGAGCCGGUGAGGGUGGCGGGUAAGAGGCGGUCGUCCGAGUCGGUUUUAUUAUCAGCGGUUUCAUCCGGCUCGGGUAGUGGGUCCCCCAAGCGGAUGAAGAAAGGUGCGGUGGUUGAGAAUACGGAGACGGAAGUGGAGAGCCGAUCUAGUGUAUCUCAAGUGGAGUGCCAAAUGACACAAUUGCCAGCUGGCAGCCAGUUAUUGGUUGCCUGAAUUUGCGUUAGGGCUUGUUUGGGUUAUUGAAAAGAGAGGGAAAAAAAAUUGUGCAAAAGUGUGGUGCUUGUAAAAUACAAUGUGUUUUAAGAAAAAAAAAGAUAUAAAUCAAAAGGUUAGUGGAAUUGGAUAUGCACUUAAAAAAGGUGGGUCCCAUUUCCCAUAGUUAAGAUUCGACAUUCGAGUAUAUACCUUCCAAUAUGUAAAUUAAAUGGACCAAUGAGGAUAGAUUUUGCUGGCCCAAUUUUGUUGCAAGUUUUCAUGGAUUUUAAGUCAAUUUUGAAUGAUUAAAUUAUUUUAAAUAUAUUUUAGUAUUUGUUU